UGGUACGGAUGCCCUUCUAUCCAUGCUCCUUAGGUUAAACAUGGCUGCGCUCUUAAGAUCGGCCCAACGCUUGAAAAUCUCGCCGGCUUCUUUAUUCUCCUUAAGCCGACUGAACUUAAGUCGAUCUCCGCUCUCUCGGCUCUGUAGCGGGACGGUCGCUGGUAGAAGAGUGACGGUCGGUCCGGUACAGGUCUUGCUUUCUCACAAUGUGCACAGGUCAACAUUGGCCCCGAUGGGGUGGCGUCACUUCAGCCUCGCCCCCGAGCAGGAAAGGCCAUCAAGGGAGGAAAGCAGCGGCCCAGCCCGACCCAGACAGCCCGCGAGGUCUGACUGGGCAUUAGACAUGCUGGACAGCGCUGUCCGGCGCACGGGAAGCAUCAACAAGAACCUGCUGAUGCGUAUAUUUAAGGACAUCUCCACAGGCUACCCAAGUGCAAACCAGGCUCUCCUGCUUCUGCGGAGUUGCGGCUCGCUGCUGCCAGAGGUGGCGCUGUCGGAGCGGACUGCGCUGGCUCAUCAGAUCUGGGACAAACUGCAGGAGCGGGGAGUGACCUACGAUGCCAGUCACUACAACGCCCUGCUCAAGGUCUACCUGCAGAACGAGUUUAAGUUCUCCCCCACUGAUUUCCUUGCCAAAAUGGAAGCGGCUAACGUGCAGCCCAACAGAGUCACCUAUCAGAGGCUGAUCGCAGCAUACUGUGAGGAUGGAGACAUCGAGGGAGCCGGUAAGAUCCUGGGCUUCAUGAAGGACAAAGACAUGCCCAUCACUGAAGCAGUCUUCAACUCGCUCUUGACUGGACAUGCCCGUGCUGGGGAUGUGGCGAGUGCUGAGAGCAUCCUGCCGAUGAUGCGCAGUGCCGGGAUCGAGCCGGGACCCGACACCUACGUGGCUCUGGUGUGCGCCCAUGCCGAAAAGGGGGAUAUAGAGAACGUUAAGAAGGUCCUGGACGAGUUGGUAUCCAGUGACAUCCAGCUGAUGGACAGAGACUUUCUGCAGGUGUUACUGACCCUGGCCAGGGCCGGGCACUACCAGCACCUGCCGCAGAUUUUGGAGCGUCUACGACAGGAACAGGGCUUUGUGCCAGAAGCCAUGAACGUGUGCCUCAGACUCAUCACCCAGGGUAUGGAGGAUGUGGCUUUCUCUCUGCUCAAGACCUUCCCCCAUCGCCAGGCAGAGUCCCAGAAUGAAGACCCUCCCAACCAGGGCAACUUCUUCCUGUCACACUGCGUCACCAUGGAUACGCCGGCAGAGAAGUUGCGCCAGUACUGCAAGGAGCUGCAUGAGUCCAGCAGACACGCCACCCCCCUGCAGUUCACCUUGCACUGCGCCCUGAAGGCCCAAAAGAUGGAUCUGGCGGUGAAGCUGAUGAGGGUGAUGCAGGAGGAGGGCCUCCCAGUGAGGGAGCACUUCUUCUGGCCGCUCCUUCGACAGCUGCGACGGGACCAGAAUACACAAGGGAUCCAGGAAGUGCUGAGGAGCAUGCGCAGUCUCGGAGUGGAGCCCGACCUGGCCACCUACUCUGGCUACGUCCUGCCCGCCUUCCCCAGCGUGGACGCUGCCCGUGCAGCUCUCCAGGAGGUGGGCUGUGAUCUCGGCUCAUCCGGGUUUGUCAUCGCUCAAGUCCGUGAGGAAGCGAACGCCGGGAACCUGGCCACACUCAGCGCCCACCUCUCAUCCCCCUCUUUCCCAGGUCUGAGCCUGAACGUUUUCAGGUCACAGCUGAUCCGAGGCUUCAGACAGUCAGAUGAUGUGGCGAGCAUGGCUAAGAUUACCGAACUGCUGUACAGAGAUGAACGAUUCAACAGAGAGACCCCCAAGCAGGCUGAGGCUGUGCACUAUUUCCUCUACAAAUUUGUGGAAGGGAUGAGUGCAGAGGAUACUCAAGCUAAGCAGCAGCUUCUCGGGAAAUACUUGCAAGAGCUUCAUGCUAAGAAUAUCACCAUCCCCGUGCUCAUCUUCAGGGGGAUCCGCAAUGUCCUGCAAGGCCACAGUGUCCCGGAGCUCGUCAAGGACCUCAUACCAUUGAUCGAGGGCGGGAAGGAUGCCGGUCCUCAGGAAAUCCGAGUGGCUGCGGAGCAGAAGGCUGAGGUCCUGGAGAAGAAGCUUGAAGACCUGAAGAGGGAGAAUCAGCCCACGGGGCCGGUCCUGAAGCAGCUGAUCCUGGCCCUCUGCGCUGAAGAGAAACUCGAGCGGGCCCUUGAGCUGAAGUCUCAACACGAGGAGGAGAUGGUCGUCGGGGGUUACGCAGCCCUCAUCCGUCUGUGCUGUAACCAAGACAACGUGGAGGAGGCGCUGAACCUGAAGAGGGAGCUUGACCGUAAAGGCUCCUCAGACGCCCUGACUGCCAACAAGUACCUGGGGCUGGUGAAGGUCCUGACCAAACACGGGAGGCUGGAGGAGGCAGUGGACAUGCUGAAGGAGAUGAAGGAGAAGAAGGUGGCUCUGCAGGACGCCUCAGUCUUGGCGCUGUUCCACGUCCUGAACGGGGUGGCGCUGCAGGGUGACCACGCUGCUGUCAGGAGGAUUCAGGAUACGGUCUACUCUGUGGGCCUGGCUAAGCCUGGCCCUCUGCUCUCCGGGCCCAUCACCAUUGCCUACCUGCAGAGUGGAGACCUUUCCGGGGCCUUGGACGCGGUGCUGGACCACUGCAGGCAGUACAAACAGCUUCCCCGCUUCCACGACCUGCUGUGUCACCUGGUGGAAAAGGGGGAGACUGAGCUCCUGCAGAAAGCCAUGGACUUUGUGAGCCAGGAGAGGGGCGAGAUGACGAUGCUGUAUGACCUCCUGUUUGCCUUCCUGCAGACGGGCAGGUACAAGGAGGCCCGCAAGAUCAUCGAGACCCCCGGCCUCAGGGCCAGGCCCGGCCGCCUGCAGUGGUUUGCUGAGAAGUGCAUCUCCAAUGAGCAGAUGGAACCCCUGGAGAACCUGGUGGAGAUGACGACAAAGCUGUUCGAAUGCGACAGGGAUGAGAUGUACCACUACAUGCUCCGGCUCUGCAGUGACACAAACGACUGCCGCAAGGCAGAGUCUGCCUGGACAAAGAUGCAGGAGGAGAACGUGAUCCCUCGUGAGAGGACCCUUCGCCUACUGGCUGGCAUUCUCAAACGCAAUGGCCAGGAGGUGCCCUUUGGGGUGCCUGAGGCUUGGUACGUGGAUGUCGAGACGGUGCCCCAGCAGGAAGAAACGUCAAAGGUCCCGGCCCUUGUGGUGAAAAGCAAGGGGUCAGCUCAGAGCGGCAGCUCGCCAGUGAAGGGUUUGGCUGCUGAGUACCAGGUUCGCCUCACAAAGCUGUGCAAGGCCAAGGAUGGCAGUGCAGAAGAGGUCUACACGCUGGUGAAGGAGGCAGACGGGAAGGGCGUGGCCCUCCGAGAGCCUGCCUACCUGACGGCCAUCCGCUCGCUGCUGGCGAAAGGCUGUUUGACGGAGGCCCUGGAGGUUCGAGACAUAGCUGCUAGGCACCUGCAGGACUUUAUGCUGUGCGACACCUCCAACAGCCUCCUGAUCACCACGCAGGUGAAGCGCGGCAAAGUCGGGGAUGCUCAGGCCACCCUCAGGGAGAUGCUGCAGGCCCACCAGGUUCCCCAGCAGCUGUCCCUGACGCGCCUGGUGCAGGCUCUCUCUGGCAGCGGGGACGUGGAGGGCGUGAGAGAAGUAGAGGCCCAGACCAAGCAGCUGAGCUCCACCAUCCACCUGUCCAAGAUGCUCUUCAUCAACAACAUCGCCCUGGCGCACAUCAAGAACGGAAACCUCCAGACAGCAGUCGAGGGACUUGAGGCCGUGUACAUCCCCGCUACAGAGGCCCAAGAAGACAGCCAGCCGACCAACAUCUCCUACAUAUUCCGUAAAGUGAUAGAGGAGAAGAACGAGGAGGCUUUGGAUAAGUUGAGCGCCAUGGCGGAGAGGCUGGCCAAUCAGUUUGCUUCCUACUGGCCAGUCACCAGCCUGUUCCUGACCAACGUGGAGCUGGACCGGAUCGACGAGGCCCGUUUCCAGCUGCAGCGCGUCCCUGCCAUUGCAGAGCAGAAGGGUGUGCUGACCACCUUCGUCACCAGGAUGUCGCUGAAAAACGGCCACGCACAGAAGAUCCGAAACCUGGUGGAUCUCCUUCCGGACAUUCUGGAGAAGGAGGUUGUCUGCAGUUACCUAAUGAAAUGCUAUACCAGGGAGAAGGACUUUGCCGCGGCCAGGGAGCUGUAUGCUCGCAUGCAGACGGAGGGGACGCACGUGGAUGAGCUGACCCUCAAGAGGCUCGCCGUCUUGUACAAGGAGGCUGGGGAGCCCAUCCCGUUUGAGGAGCCCCUUGAGUCCUUCAGCUUUUACGCUCAGAAGCUGAAGUCCCAGCGGCAAAAGCGGGAUGAGGAGGAGUGACCAGUACCCCCCCCCCCCAUCUGUUAUUUUCACCCUGUUCUGUUAUGCUUCUUUUUUAACAUAAACUGUGCCAGCAGUAUGUGAAACUGUGGAAAAUCGAAUGAUAUUAAACUCUGUGAGCCCCCAAAUGAUUCUGCUGUACAAAAGUAUUUAUGGUUGUCAAUAAACACCGGUGAUAAAAAAA